AUGAGCAAAGUCAAAGCCCCGAAAACAAAGGGCAUUCCGAACAAACACUUGCACGCGAGAUCGUCUUUUCUCUACCAAGCUGCCACAUACCUGACCUUGCAAAGCACGCCACAGCACAAUGCCACGCCAAACCCUGCACUAGGCGAAGAGGAUGAUGUUGAUGAGGCGCCCACGACUCAGAAACGGUCGUCUGUCGCGCUAGAGCUUGGAAUUGACCUCCAGCAAGUAUCACGAAAAGGACAGCUGCGACUUGCCGUGGACCUGAAGCGGACUCUGUGCAAAAGCUGCAACACAAUUCUCAUUCCCGGGCGCACGGCAACUCAUGUCAUCGAAAACUCUAGCAAGGACGACAGGAAACCUUGGGCAGAUGUACUGGUCGUCACAUGCGGUGUCUGUGGUGGCAAAAAGCGAUUUCCAGUUGGCGCCGCACCAAGACUGAGCAAGACAAAGAGGAAAAAUGCUCCUGUUGUGGCAACGCCAACGACUGCUUCGGAAGAAGGUCGACGCUCCGAUGCAACGCCUCUUACGGGGACCGAAUGAUGGCACGGGCAGCUGCAUCUUUGGUUCAUGGCAUGCACAAGGGUGUCGUCAUUCCGUCUUAGAUGACUCGAUACCAUAUCUUGGUUCAAAUCCACGGGGAAUACCAUUCCAAGACCAUGGAAUGCUACGGAUAGCCACGUUCCAGGCCCUGAAGAUACCCGACGGCACGAAAAUCUUCUCGGACGGCAAUUCCUAACACGUACUUCAUGUCCGAGUUAGGCGAAAACAAUCUUGUCGUCAGGUACUGGCAGUAUGUAGAUAAUUUUCUCUUACACUGGCAUAUUUCAACAUGAACAUGAGAAUGGAAGCUUUGGCAGCGCUUCGAGACCGUCUGGUCAACAAUGCGUUACCCCGGAAACACUUGGUACCAGAGUUGGAGACAAUUUGAAUGGGAUAUUCAGUUUGGAAAAUGUCCACAGCCAUUGGAUC